CUGAGCGCCGGUCUGUAGAGCGCAGUCACUGAAUCACCUCACCAGUGGAGUGGACACGCGGCUGCUCGGCAGACGAUCCUUUUUACGCACCGGGGGAACUUACCUGAAAACGCCUAUUUCCACCCCCAACUGUAUUCUCUUGGAAUUUGGUCGUUUUUAAAUCAUCAGCUGAAAAACAGAUGCAUUGAAUCUCAAGCAGAAUGAAGGAAUUUACGCAUUUCUUCCACAUUGUUGCGCUACUUGUCACUAUCGUCUCAGCGACCAAGUUAAAUGUACCACGGCUGAGACUGACAUAUAAAGACCUGCUGUCCACCAACAGGUCUUCUGUCUUCAGCGGUCACCACGGUCCACUCUCUCUCACCACUGUCUUCCUGGAUGAGUACCGCGACCGCCUCUUCCUGGGAGGCAAAGACGUCCUGUACUCGCUCCUGCUGGGACCUGCCAGCAGCGAGUCUAAAGAGAUCUACUGGCCCCCGUUACCUGGCAACAGAAAGGAGUGUAUUGAAACAGGAAAGGAGCAGACGGAGUGUGCCAACUUUGUCCGUCUCCUGCAGCCGUACAACCGCACUCACCUCCUGGCCUGUGGCACCGGUGCUUUCCAGCCCAUGUGUGCAUUUGUCUAUGUGGGGCACAGAGGCGAGCAUGUGUUCACAAUGGACCCAACCAAUGUGGAGAAUGGACGAGGGAAAGUUCCUCAUGAUCCCAGCCUCUCCUUUGCUAGCACCUUCAGUGGUGGAGAGCUGUAUACAGGACUGACGGCAGAUUUCCUGGGAAGAGACUCUGUGAUCCUCAGGAGUAUGGGAGGUCGCUCCACCAUGAGGACAGAGACUGACGAGAAACUUCUGCAUGACCCCAAAUUCAUCGCCGCCCACCUCAUCCCGGACAACGACGACAGAGACGACGACAAAGUGUAUUUCUUCUUCACGGAGAAAGCCACGGAGGCAGGGGACAGGGAGGGGGCCAUACACUCACGUGUGGGACGAGUGUGCGCGAAUGAUGUUGGAGGCCAGAGAGUGCUGGUGAACAAGUGGAGUACCUUCAUCAAAGCCAGACUGGUUUGUUCUGUACCAGGACCUCAUGGCAUCGACACACACUUCAACCAACUGGAGGAUGUUUUCCUCCUGAGGACUAAGGAUGAGAGGAACCCAGAUGUGUAUGCAAUCUUUAGCACUAUCAGCAAUGUGUUCCAGGGCUUUGCUGUGUGUGUUUACCGUAUGGCUGACAUCAGAGAAGCCUUCAACGGACCCUUCGCUCAUAAAGAGGGUCCCGACUACCAGUGGGGUGCUUAUGAAGGCAGAGUCCCAUAUCCCAGACCAGGGGUGUGCCCCAGUAAAAUCACCAACCAGCCUGGCAGGGAGUUUGGCAGCACAAAGGAUUUCCCUGAUUCAGUGCUGCACUUCGCCCGCAGUCACCCCCUGAUGUGGCGGCCGGUGUAUCCAGCCCUGCGCCAGCCCGUGCUCGUAAAAGCCAACAUCCCCUACAAGCUUAAGCAAAUUGUGGUGGACCGGGUGGAAGCGGAGGACGGGCAGUAUGAUGUCAUGUUCAUCGGCACAGACGUUGGUACAGUGUUGAAGGUUAUCACUCUGCACGGUGGAAACAGUCUAGAGACAGAGGAGGUCACACUGGAGGAGCUACAGGUCUUUAAAGUGCCAACUCCAGUUACAUCCAUGGAUAUAUCCGUAAAAAGGCAAACCGUGUACGUGGGCUCUCCGGCAGGUGUGGCGCAGGUGAAGCUGCAUCGCUGCGAGACUUAUGGGAAAGCCUGUGCUGAGUGCUGCCUGGCCAGAGACCCUUACUGCGCCUGGGAUGGCUCAUCAUGCGCACGAUAUGCGCCCAUUAACAAACGACGCUACCGCAGGCAGGACAUCAGGCAUGGAAACCCUGUUCUGCAGUGUGUGGAUGAGAACCUGAGUGAAGACCUUGACAUGACGGAGGACAGAGUGGUGUAUGGGACUGAGAACAACAGCACCUUCUUGGAGUGUGUUCCUCGCUCUCCGCAGGCUACUGUAACCUGGUUCGUCCAACAGCACGACCACAAGGAAGAGGUGAAGUUAGACGAUCGUGUGAUGUCUACAGAGCAGGGUCUCCUGUUCCGUCGUCUCUUCCGCCAAGAUGAAGGUGUGUACAUCUGUCGCUCCCGAGAGCACGGCUUCACACAGACCCUGGCCCGCUUCACCCUCCAAGUCCUCCAGGGGGAGACCGUGGACGAGCUCAUGGCUCGUGACAACGGCGGCCUCUCUGACUCGUUGAAAGACAGAUCUACAGGUAGCUACAGAGCAUGGAUGUCGUGCAGCUCAUACACCAGGGCUGGCUCAUCAAGCCAAAUUGGCCAAUCGCGUACAUGGUUCAAAGAUAUCAUGCAACUGAUUGGGCCGUCAAACCUGCCACAUGUGGAGGAGUACUGCGAGAGGAUGUGGUGCAACGACAAGCUGAGGAGGAAACACAAGAGCAUGCUGGAGAAGUACCGGCAGGCACAGGAGAGUGCUAGGAAGGCUCGUAGCAAGAGCUCCGGAGAACGUAACCGGACGCCGCGGGAUCUGAGCGCAUGGGACGAGUAAUGAUGACAGUACGGGGGGGCAAAAGAAAGAGGAAAUGAAAGACUAAAAACAGAGAAAGUUUAUAGCGUAGGACAAGAAAAAGGGGGAACAAGGGUAUCAAGACCAUCGUCAUAGUUGAAGCUUUGGCACUAGAAUUCUUCAGAAUAAGGAACCGUUUUUCCGCUUUUGCUGGUCAUCAAACCUUCAUCAAACAGAAUAGAUUUCAUGAAAUCAGUUAAUGUGUAGGUCUGAUGCUUGAGCUUGGAUUUGACUGUAGCCCAAAAAAGACAAGUGUUCGGUUGUCUGAAAAGUCAGCACAAACUGAGACGGAAAAGAUGUUGACGCAGAUAAAGAGGAAAUAAGAGACAAUCGUUCACAUACACUCUGAGGAUGAUAUUUGAAAAUCCUAAUCACCAAGGACCCCCCCCCCCUCACAACUUUGCCCAUGUAUACGUUUGAAAUUACAUGAACUGUUUUAUUCAUACCAGUCAAUCUUCACUGAGAAAACCCUCAACACUUAACAAACCUCAGAUUUAAAAAAUGUAUGCAUGUCUGUGGAUUGACUUUACCAAGAGCAGAGCCUGUUUAAUGUCUGCUUUUGCAGCCUUGCUGACUCUUUGAUGAACCGUGUGUUGGCUCAUAUUAUUGUGUUAAUUGUCUCCUGAGACUUCAAGCUGCACGAGGCAGUUUUUUUAAUGUAAAGGUCCAGUUAAAUUGAAAACUGGUGCUUGGAGGGAGAGGAAAGGUACAUCUACAUACUGUACCUUUGAAUCUUCGGACUACAGAACAGCAAAUUUGUCAAAUGCAGUUUGGACACACACAAUUAUUUACCUUUUUUUCCCCUGACAACCAGAUUGGUGACAUUUCACACACUGGAUUAAUCUCUUUCGUCUUUAACAGACCAUAUCUCCUCGCUUGUUCUGCUCUCGACAUAGUUAUACAAUUCAUGCUAAUGCAUGAUUUCAUUCUAAGACACAUCUGCCUUUGAUGUAUAUUUGUUAAAGGCGAAUGAAGCUAAUGAAGCACACAUAUUUAACACACUCUGUAACACACAUACACACACUCACUCUCUCUCUUCUCUCUUACAUAAACUGACAUCCCACUAACCCAUAACACUGAAUACAUAAACUCAUCUAACUCAGAAUGGAAGCUACCAUGAGACGACUGUUGAUAGUUCAACAGAUUAAAGGCACAUUGCUUUAUUUUCACUGCAGUGGCUUUCCAUUAAACACCAUCUAGGGAUCAAAAUCUCUCCUCACUGACCCUUAGAGGCAUAUUUCACAGAGGCUUGUUUUCAUGCUUUUGGUUUUCAUACCAUACGCCCUCUUGGAAUGUACCUAAAGCUCACGCUCAAUGCUCAAUAUUCGCUUUCUUGGGAAACCUUGGUUGGAUCUGUUGAAUCAUUUUUGAACUUCUUCAGUAAGAUUUCAUUGUUAAGUGUAAUGAUAAUUUGGGUGAUAAACCAACUGAUGAGUCAACAAGCUAGACUUAACUAACCUCACCUCACAUGUGAAUCAGCCGCUGAACUCCCUUUCCCACAGUCCCUCUGUCUGCUGUAGCUUUCCAGUGACAGUGGGGGGAACAGGAAGGGUCAAAGGUAAUGACUAAUGCUUCUUUUCUUUCUGCUUUGGAAAAACUGGUUUUAAGUAGGGUUAAUGAUUUGAACAUAUGAUAAUCCACCUUGCUAUUGUCAUCAGUUUUUUUUGCGAAAAUAUAACUUUUCCCGGUUACACAAUAAACACAAGGUCUCCCUGUCCACAGGUAACAGGUGGAGCAGAACAGAGAGCAUUUACUUAUAAAAUCUGACUGAACAAUAAGGAUAAAGAAAAAGCAAAGAAACUGGUUUAGAAUAAGGAGAGAUGUGACUAUUGUUAUAAGACGACAUAUUAAAAACAUAUAUAACCCCACCCUUCACCCCAAAAAAGAAGAAUAAAUAAUAAAAAUAAUUAUUAAAGGAGGGAAGAACAGAAAAAACUAUAAUAAAUAAACAAUUAUAAACUGUUCUAAAGUUAUAUGUGUUUGAAAUAUAUUUUAAAACAGCUACAUACACAAUCAGAAAGUAGCCAUGUACAGUAGGAGCCAAAGACCGGAGGAUGACCAACAUGGCUGCCAAUGUGUUACCUCAUGUGAAAUCAUUUUAAUGGAGGAUGGUAUAUCUUUUCUGUGAGCCCUAUAUAUGCUUAAAACUAGCCAGGAAGCAACGCUGCACCUAUGGUGACCUUUUGUGACCUUUGUGGCGUGCGAAUGGCCUCUCAAGAGGUCAAAUGAGCCGAGAGGAGGAACAGAGAUGAAACAAAGAAAGGAGUGAGAGAUUAAAAUAAAGGUACUAUGAGAAACUUGUGAAUGCUGUAUUUACAAUUCAAAAUAAUCCUAAUUAAAUAUCCCCCAUUUCAUCAAUAUGAAGUGAGAAUGAAAAAGAGACACAUUCUCCCUGGUUUGUACAAAACACAAAAAAAAGUUUUUCUUGUUUUUAGUUCGGGGAUUGAGAGACUGGCUGUGAAAAUUGCAACUCUGAUCAUUUCUGUAAAAACAGCAGUUACCGGGAAGAAAUCAACUUUUUGAUCUUUUAAAAAAAUCCUUAAUAAAAGUUCAUUUUCUCUGUAACAUUUAUUAUAGUUUAAUUUUAUCAUAAUUUCGUGGAAUCUGCUCUGGUCUAUUAAGAUAAUAACAAAAUCGUACCUUUUAUCUGUAUGUUGUGGUGGUGGUACCAGAUUUGUUGGAGCUUCUGCCUUUCUAGGUCCUGAAUUUCCUUUGUCAUUAGAAAAGAUUUUAAUGUAACUUUCACAACAAUGAUUGUGAGAUGGAUCCACCAAUAAAUGCUGACACUCUUUUUGCUGGAGAAGUCAAUAACACAUUUCAAUAAGUAGUAGCAGGAAAAACAAGCGCCAUCACUAACUAAAUAUCAAAAGCAUUUCAGUACAUUUGUACAAAUUGUGUUGUGGUAUUGCAUCUGAUGUUUUAUAUAUUUACCUCUGUAGCUAGUUGUGUUCAGUUCAGUUUCUCAAUACUCUUUUUUAAAGUUGUUUUGAUUUAAAGCACUUGUCUUGCCUUAAUGUUGAACUGCAGUAUUUUACAGUGUAUAAUGUAUAAGGACAGCUGAUAGAUGUGUUGUUUGUCAGGGAUUCAAAAACUCAUGGACGUUGUCGUACUUUUUGUAAAACUGGGGAAGUGUUUCAGUCCUGCUAAACUACAGCAGACGAUUUCACUGAUCAGCUGAUCCUCCUGAUUGUGCUGAGCUAAUUCAUUAAUAUGUGCACAUGCUCUGACAUCGACGGCUGCUCUGCAGGAAGCAGUCAGGAGGUUCAGCCAGUGGUAGAAUAAGAGCCGCAUCACAUAUACUUAAUGCAUAGCAAAUAACGCUGAUCAAAGUUCACCGAAGCAUAACUCCAUGCGAAGCCGCGAUUUGCCUCGUCACAGGAAGAAACUGUUUUAAUCGCUUCCUCGCUCUCACGGAUUGAAGGUAAACGGAAGGCAAAGGUUUGUCUCUGAAAUAUUUGCUUAUGUGAGACCCGACCCUUAAGAAGAGACUGCGAUAAAAACAUUUGAACUUUUUAAAUAUUCUUCCACGACUCUGGCAGCAGUCCAACUAGCAAACUACAGUUAUUAUUUUGAACUUGACAGGUUGAACAAGCAUGGUUUCUGUACAGAUAUUUUUUUUGAAUACCAGAUACAAUAUAGAAAUUAGACUGAAAAAUGUAAGGAUGGUUGGAUCAGAAAUGAACAUUAUCUUGGUGUAAUGUCCCUUUAUUGUACUGUAAGAAAUGUGUGCUGGCUGUGGGGUCUCCCACACAAAGAGCCUAAUUUAAGUGUGUAUUUAUGUUUUAUUUAAGUGUCUUUCUACCAUGCAUGCUGUGUAGUUGUAUGCUGUUUAACAACAUUAAAAGUUGAUUUUCUAACAUAAA